AUGAGCUUCACUGAGAAUGGAUCUCUUACUCGACAUCAACGAAUUCACACAGGGGAGAAACCAUUUAGAUGUAUGGAGUGCGGAAAGAGCUUCAUUCAGUGUUCACACCUUAGUAGACAUCAACGAACUCACACAGGUGAGAAACCAUAUAAAUGUAUGGAGUGUGGAAAGAGCUUCAUGUGUAGUUGGCAACUCAAUGCGCACCAUCAAAGUCACACCGGGGAGAAACCAUUUAAUUGUAAGGAUUGUGGGAAGGGUUUCAGUCAUUGUAUAAAACUUACAAUACAUCAACGAAUUCACACAGGGGAAAAACCAUUUAAAUGUCUGGAUUGCGGAAUGAGCUUCACUGAGAAUGGAUCUCUUGCGAGACAUCAACGAAUUCACACAGGGGAGAAACCAUUUAGAUGUAUGGAGUGCGGAAAGAGCUUCAUUCAGUGUUCACACCUUAGUAGACAUCAACAAACUCACACAGGUGAGAAACCAUAUAAAUGUAUGGAGUGUGGAAAGAGCUUCAUGUGUAGUUGGCAACUCAAUGCGCACCAUCAAAGUCACACCGGGGAGACACCAAUUAAUUGUAAGGAUUGUGGGAAGGGUUUCAGUCAUUGUAUAAAACUUACAAUACAUCAACGAAUUCACACAGGGGAAAAACCAUUUAAAUGUCUGGAUUGCGGAAAGAGCUUCAUUCAGAGUUCACACCUUAGUAGACACCAACGAACUCACACAGGGGAGAAACCAUUUAGAUGUAUGGAGUGUGGAAAGAGCUUCAUUCAGAGUUCACACCUUAGUAGACACCAACGAACUCACACAGGGGAGAAACCAUAUAAAUGUAUGGAUUGUGGGAAGGGUUUCAGUGAGAGUGGAUCUGUUAGAAAACAUCAAAAAUCUCACAGAGAAGCAAUUGCUUAA